GACGUGCUGCCGGUUUUGGUUAUGCGGGUGCUCAAGCAAAUCCAUCAGUUGGCGCUGGCGCUGUUCUGGGUGGUGCAACUGAUGAAGGUGGAUUCCUUGGGGCAGAUGCGUAUGCUAAUGGUAAAUCAACAUCAAAAACUGUAUCAGGUUUUUUCCCACCACCAGAAAGUUACCAGGUGCCAUCAAUAUUUUCACCAAAUGAUGAAAUCAUUCCAACAAAUACUGGCGACAACGUUCAGAAAAUUAAACCACCAAAAAAGUAUUCACUUUUUAAUGCAGAGCUACCAAACCAAAUUGCUGAAUGUGAAACAGCUGUGGAUUCAAGCAAGAACCAACCCACAACAAAUUUACAACCAAGUGAUAAAAAGCUUUCCAGCAUCACAACAACAAAAGUCAUAAGUACACGCACCUAUGUCAAUGAUCCAGUGAGUACAGUGCAUAAAACUGCAAAUAUUCCGAAAAGUGAUGAUGGUUCAGUGAUAAUUGUGGAACGACAAAAGCAAAAUCUACGUGGACGGAAACAACAGAGGCGUCGGGUGACAAAAACUCGCCAACGCGUUGUCGUACAGCAGACCCCGGAUGUUAGUUAUGUCAAACUAGAGACGACAGAGGUGAAAGAGAGUACAAUUUAUAAAAAAAAAAACCAACUUGAAAUAUAACAUAACGAAGCCAUACGCAAAUGCAUGCUAUAUUUUUUCACAUAUGAAAUGGAAAAAAAAUUCCAUCAUAAAUACGAGUUUGUUUGCAGCAUGGAGCAUAUUUUGCAGGCAACAAAGGAUAAUGGAAAUGCAACCAACGUAACGUACAACAACGCAACAAUGCAACGCAAAGUUAUUGUUUGUGUCGGAGAUAAAAAAUGUCCUUACACACUUGGCUUAAGGCACGUUUCACGCUCUGCACUGCACUUGGCGGUUUAUUUAAAUUGAGCAGUUAAAUUCCAAAUGUCUGCCAUAUAUUAUUUUUCAUUUUUCCUUAAGGCGCUACUAGUUAGAUUCG